AUGGAGUUAGCAGAGCCGGUCAGCAAGAUUUUGUCGAAAGUUCAACACUUUCCAUUCUUUAAAUGGCCCCCCAAAAUGAUGGGACCUCCCAAUACAAGGAAGAGGGACAAGCAGUGUCAGUACCACAAGGACCAUGGUCAUGACACCGACAGUUGUUAUGCGUUGAAGGACCACCUGGAGGAACUGGUACAAGACAGCCGACUGGCGCAACACGUCCGAAAGAAUAAUCCAUCGAACACGGUAGCCCUACGGUCAGAUUCACCUCCACUUGGUAUGAUUCACAUGAUAUACAGCCUGUCGUCGUCAACUGAUAUACAGACAAUUCAGUUGCAACCUAGCCUGCAUAGGCCGAUCACACCAGCAAAACGGCCCCAUGAGACUGGGAGGAUUAGUUUCGACGACACUGACUUGAUUGGGGUAACUCUCCCCCACACCGAUCCCCUCGUCAUUGAGUUACGCAUGAACAGAUUCACUAUUGAACGUGUUCUCAUUGAUCAGGGAAGCACUUCGAAAAUAAUGUAUUACAAAAUGUUUGUUAAACUCGGAUUUGUCGCCUGUUGA